AUGGAUGAAGGCGAUCACAAGCCUGCUGCCAAUCGGAAGAUGGAACUUCGCAUUCAUCUCGAAUUUCUCAUCCGAUACGACUCCGAGAUCUCAUCCUUACGGUCGACUGUGUCAGCCUUGCCUUCGGGUAUAACUGCUGAAAAGACUACCGCAACAUCUGAACCCCAAGGUCAUCAAGAGUUUCUCAUGAAUUGGUUUCAUCAGAUGAGACUGUCCCAUCCAAGCGAGGCAGGUAACCAUAAGAAACAAGACGAAGACGCUCAUGAUAAGUCCAACGCCGUCUGGACCACUGAAGUUGACGAGGGGAUCAUCCAACUUCACGAGUCGAAGUGGCGCCUCGCUCACGUUCGCUCACCUCUCAUCCACCUCACCCCGCAGCUCACGUCCACCAUCGCCUCCGUCUGUGAUGCCAUCCAAAACACCCAAGACAUCACAAUCGGACUGAACCACAUUCCCCGCCUUCGAGUUGAGAUCAAACCAGAGACCUCGACGUUCACCGUCACCGAUGUCCGGCGAACUCUACUCUUCCUCUGGUCCGCCUCUCAACGCAUUGAUACUCUUCACGCAGGAUAUUGCGGCCCGAGGUCGCCCGCUGCCCCUGGCCUCGAGUUUUCUCGUCUUUUCCACCCCGUCAGCCUUGUGUACCCCUUCUGCGAAGAUCGAAAUGGGGUAGCUCUCACAAAGUUCACCCACGGCCCUCCUGAUAAGGUCAAGAUACUUGACGACAUGCAUACCGUGGACAUCCGCGGGUCUUUGCUCGAGAAAAAGAAAAUUCGCGCCGUCGGGGUAUCGAAUGACUUGGAAUGGCUGGCAGAAGGAACGACCGUUCGCUUAUGGGACCCGGACCCCCGUCACGAUGAGCGCAUCGUUACGGGUGCGUACGAUUUUUCAGGGCUCCCUGCGCCCCAUGAGAAGUUGAUCCGUUUCAACCAGCACGCUGGGACGCUGGAUCCCGAGGCCAUCGACAACUGGGUGCGGGUGUGUUGUGGCAUCAUCGAUUUAUGUCUCAAUGCAACAAGCGAGCGUCUGGAGUGCAUCAAGACGCGACUGAACCUUCCAUCCGAUCUCGAUCCUUCCGUACGAAGUUCUCCAUCUCGCUCGUACACCGUCUUCGACCUACUCGUGGACCUUAAGCUUCCAUCUCAAGCAGCAUACUACAAAUCUCUUGGUCCGAACCCCUUCGUCUCUGAAUUUGUGUCCCGCCGCCGCUGGACCCCAGCUGUCAACAUUGAAGAGACGGAAGGUGUUUCCCCGUACACUUUCGGGAUCGAAUUGGAAUUUCUUGUUCCGUACUCCCUUGUCGGCGCUCGGGACCCUGACCCCGACGACUCCCGCUGGAUCUAUCGUGACCCUUCAUCUGCGGCGGCCGACAAGUCAGCCUCCCAGGAGGACGAAGAAUACUGGGCCGCGCGACGCACGAACUGGGCGAUUGAGGCCAUCAAAGCCAGGGCUUUAGACAAACAAGUCUACACCGCGAACGCAGACCACCUCGUCAGCAUCCUCACGUCCGCAGGCCAUCUCAGCGCGACGUUCGACACACUCGCUGAUCACGCAGUUCCCAACGAUGUUGUGAUUCCCGCCUACGCGCUCCAUACUAUCCUCCAAGAGGCCAGAAAUCCUCGCCUAUAUUUCCUUAAGAGGAUCGACCCCCGCCACCAGAUCUGGCACGUCCACCGCGACUUGUCGCUCUCGAGCUUCCACCUCGGCGAGGCCGGCUACGCGGGCCAUCUCGGCGUCGAGAUAUCCAGCCCUGUUCUCCGGGACCGCCCCGCAGACUUUGAGAAGAUCUUCGACGUGUUAAAGGUGCUCCGCGGCGGCGUCCGGCCGAUGCUCGACCCCACCUGCGGGUUCCAUGUGCACGUCGGCAAUAUCCGUGGGUUCUCCCUCCGCAGCCUCAAGAAGAUUGCCACCCUCGUCUGGGUCUCGGAGCUGGUGCUCUAUAGUCUUGUCCACCCCUCGCGGGAAUCAAACAUCAUGACCGUGCCCCUCGGCAAAGGCUCGACCCUAGCCUGCACCGAGGACCUGUCAGAGUACACCGCCGGUUUUGACCUGCAGAACCCGAACACCAAAGACGCCCAGAUGGAGGCUAUGAUAUUGUCCAACGAGAUCGAAGCGCAUGUCCCCAUGGACGGCAUCCCCAAGCGUAUCCAAGACGAGAUUCUCCGAAUCUGGUCGGUCUCGAGCGAGUACGGCCUCAUCCACCUCCUCCAACCCGACCAAGUUUGCAAGACCGGCAUCUCCUUCUUCUCCAUCCGAAGCAGCAUCGAGAAGCAGUCAGGCGAAGAGGAGCGAAAAUAUGAGGGCACGGUUAAGUUCCGAAUGCUUGAGGGGACGCUGGAUCCAGAGCUGAUUGCGCAUUGGACGAAGCUUGUGCUGAGAAUUGUGCAGCGGGGAACGGACACUGAGCCAUUCGAAUACUUUUGCACGAUGAAAAAGAUACUCAAAGAAUACUAUAGCGAGAGGGAAAUGCUUGAAGGCUUUCUGAGCGCACUGGGGAUGGAAGAUCAUGCCCUCUUCUGGAACAAGGUUGCGCAGAAGAAUAAGGCUUUGUCAGAGACAGACGAUGGUGCGGACGGGAACCAAUGGCAGUGCCCAGCGGACAAGGACCUGGAUCUUACGGACGACGAGAAAGAAGAGCUCAUGCGCCGUUGGUGUGAACGGAAAACUACCAGAGUUCCCACGGUUGAUGACAAUAGUUUGGAACGGGCCAGAAGCAUUCUUUGA